GUGGUGGUGGUUGUGAGGGCGCAGGGUGGGGAGGGCCGAGGUGGGAAGGUGCGGGGCAGGCCGUGGGGCUGGUCCCGCCUGUGCUCCCCUCCCUCCCACGGGCUUUGUGCCGCCUCCUGCCGUUGCUAACGGAGACUUCCCUUUGUCGGAGCGCAGGGUGACCUGUGAGGAAUCGCCUUCCCCGCAGCCUGGACUUGGGCUUCUCGUGGCCUAGCAAGAAGCGGUUUCUUUUCCCGAGCUGUUGGCAUCUUCCUGCCAGGAUUCAUUCGUUCCCAAAGGAAUGGAGGAAUGCAGCUGAUAAGUGCUUAACCACGCUGUGCCCCUAUAGGCAGCACCAGGCGCUGGCUUUAUCGUCACCGCUUUGGCACUUUGGGUGGGCUUCUCCUUCUUACCUGCUCUGGGUACCCUUUUACUGUCACUGUAGACCAAAGGAGAUGGAAGAAAAGGAGCGAUGUGAUAAAUUCCAGCUGGUACCUAGACGCUAAGGGGAAUCGUAUAUUUUGACUUUUUUUUUUUCCUUUUUUUGUUUUCUGUGAAGGGGAAGGGAAGUAUUUUAUGGGGUAUGGGAGGAGGGAGGAAAAAUAUGCUGCAGAUCUUCAUGUGGUUUUUAAAACCAGCUGUCAGAGGGAAUUACUGAAUAAACUGAAGCACAAGAGGAGGGUUUGUGAGCUGGAAGCAGCGCUAGCCCACCAAAGAAAGGGGCAGUGAGCUGCUGUUGUGACUGUGGAGGCAGAAACUUCAGCCUCCUUCAUUUCUCACCAACUACUCCACAUCCACCCAUCGAGAAAAUGAGUUGUGUGCCAUGGAAAGGUGACAAGACCAAAUCAGAAUCGCCAGAGCCACCCCAGCCACCACCACUGCACAUUUACCAUGAGAAGCAGCGCAGGGAGCUGUGUGCCCUCCAUGCCCUCAACAAUGUCUUCCAGGACAGCAAUGCCUUCACCAGGGAAACCCUGCAGGAGAUUUUCCAGAGGCUGUCUCCCAACACCAUGGUGACCCCCCACAAGAAGAGCAUGCUGGGAAAUGGGAACUAUGAUGUGAACGUGAUCAUGGCAGCCCUUCAGACCAAAGGCUACGAGGCGGUUUGGUGGGACAAGCGCAGGGAUGUUAACGCCAUUGCCCUGUCUAACGUGAUGGGCUUCAUCAUGAAUCUGCCCUCCAGCCUUUGCUGGGGCCCCUUGAAGCUCCCCCUCAAGCGACAGCACUGGAUCUGCGUCCGGGAGGUGGGAGGCACCUACUACAACCUCGACUCCAAGCUCAAGAUGCCCGAGUGGAUUGGAGGUGAAAGUGAGCUCAGGAAAUUUUUGAAACACCAGCUGAGAGGAAAGAACUGUGAACUCCUACUGGUGGUGCCAGAGGAGGUGGAAGCACAUCAGACCUGGAGAGCUGACGUGUGAUCUGGACCGACUCUGUCCUCCAACUACAGCUCUUCCCCUUUACCAAACUCCUGAUGUCCUAAAACCUGGAUAAUGGAUGCCCCUACUCUUCCUGU